AUUAGUAAAAAUGAUCAUGGUGUACAGUGAGGAAGAUGCCGAUUGGACGAGGGGUGACGACAUGAUCACGUUUCCAUGGACUCGUCGCUGGACGUCGUCGAGCUCCGCGAGCUGCCCGACGCUAACGGCGACGUUAGCCGAGGCUUCCGCAACGCUUCCUACCAGCCCGACCGCGAGCAACACCGGCACCAGGGGGCGACCGGCGGCUUGCCUGACGCCGCGGGAAGCUGCGAGGACUCGUGCGUUCCGUCCCGCGACGACGAUGACUACAACGCGGUUCGGGACUCCGGGGGCGAGCGGACCGCACCUCAUCGCGGCGGCGAGCGUCGCUCGUCCGACUCGGGCCUGGCCCUGGCCGUGGUCCUGCUGGUGAGCGGCAUCGCGUUGGUCCUGGUGGCCUACGCCGUCCCCAGAGAGGCCCGCGUGAACCGCGACGCCGUGUCGGCCCGACAGAUGGAGCAGCUGGAGCUGUACUACGCCCGGCUGGGCUCGCGCCUGGACAAGUGCAUCGUCGCCGGCCUGGGGCUGCUCACCCUGGGCGGCGUCUUCCUCUCUCUGCUCCUCACGGCGUCUGUGUGCCGGGGUCACGCCGCCGCCGCCCUCCUCCUGCGCCGCCGGGCGCCCUUCGUCCGGCCCGCCAGGACGUACGGCUCCGUCCACGUGAGGAUGAAGCAGCUCGCCGCCGGGGAGGACCCGCCGCCGUCCGCCGCGCUGCCGAAGGAGUGACGCCGCGUGCCGAGUGGCGGCGGCAUCGGCGAUACGCUACGUGCGCAAAAGUAUUGGGACACCCGCUGGGAGGGAAACGGCGACGUGUGGAAGUUGGACACAAAACGUGAAGAAAGCUCGGAAAGAGAACAAAAGUAUUGGAACAAAAACAAAACCAAAAAAAAAAUGGGGAAAAAACACGUAAUUUGGAAAAUGUGGAGAAAUUGUGGUACUUGGGGCAAAAAGUAAUGGGACGACAGAAGACAAGAACAUUUGGAAUUGGGAUCAAAGUACUGGAACAAAAAAGUUAAGAAAAUGUGGAUUUUGCUAGGAAAUGUGGAAAAAUUGUGGUCAUUUGGACAAAA